GUCUUUUUGCAGGUUGUAUCAUAUUUUUCAAAGUAUAAAAUGAGAGGUUUGGUACUCUCAUUCUACUCACAAAUAUACAUAUAUAUAUACAUUCUUCUUCUCUGAAUAUAUAUAUACACAUAUAUUAUAUAUAUAAUGGGGUCAUCAGGUUCAUGGACAGCUAAACAGAACAAGCUGUUUGAGAAUGCUCUAGCCAUCUAUGACAAAGACACACCAGAUCGUUGGCACAACAUGGCCAAAGCAAUUGGUGGAAAAACAGUGGAAGAAGUGAAGAAGCAUUACGAGACACUUGUCGAAGAUCUCAACAAAAUUGAGACUGGUCAAGUCCCUUUACCAAAUUAUAAAAAGAUCAAUAACAACAAAUCAUCAGUUCCCUAUAUCCCAUAUAUGGAUGAAGAACAAAGGUUGAAAAAUCUAAAAAUGCAAUGAAGAUCUGCUGAUGAUUUUAAUUGCUCUCGAUAUUGUAUUAAAGAUUAUAUAUCGAUCCUCUCAAUUCAAGCAAGCUAGGCUAGCUUUUUCAAUCGAGAGAAAGAUUUGCUUAUAAAUUAUUAUUAUUAUUAUUGAUUAUUUUCAAGUCCAGCACACAUAUACAUAUAAGGGAAGAUUAUUAAUGUUGGAAGUCGGCUGGAGUGUCCCUCGCAUCUUUUCUCAUUUCAUCAUGUUCAUAUAUAAUAAUGUGUGUGUAACUUAUAUAUGAAUUAAUGAUACAGUAUAUGCUUCUGAA